CAGCACCUGCGGGUCACGUCGUGCGCAGCAAAGCAGUUCCGGCGAGUCGUGCUUUUGCCACUACCGCCACGCUAGGUAUCUCUUUUUCUGGGUUGUUUGAUUCCAAGCCUAACUGCAACUCGUUCUGAAUCGCUGCGUGCGGGCUUGCACCGUUGUAUUCGCCCCCCUCUCUCCCCUUUCCGCCAUCAUCCUGUCUCAAUCUGAUCUAUGGCUGCCAACCACUGACAAUCUGCACGACGUCACCGGCAACCUUUCCGCACAAAUGACUUUGUCUCCUUGACUCUCUAACCUGAUCAGAUCAUCUGCUUUGCGCAACACUGAAAACGAUAUCAGGAAGAUGGGCGAAAAAGCAGUCAGAGUAUACGCCAAGGGCAAGAGUGAGCCGGAAUGGCGCGCUCAUCUGAACCCGGAGCAGUUCCGCAUCCUGCGUCAGAAAGGCACCGAGAUGGCGGGCACUGGCGAGUACGACCGGAACUAUGAGGAGGGCAUCUACACCUGUGCCGGAUGCGACACGCCCCUUUACAAAUCUGCCACCAAGUUCAAGUCCGGCUGCGGCUGGCCGGCAUUCUUCGAUGCGCUGCCAGGCGCGAUCGACCGGCACGUCGACCGCUCCUUCGGCAUGAAGCGCAUCGAGAUCACAUGCACCGCUUGCGGUGGUCACCUGGGGCAUGUGUUUGAGGGAGAGGGUUACAAUACGCCCACGGACGAACGGCAUUGUGUCAACAGCGUUAGUUUGAAGUUCACACCCGGAGACGACAAGAAAUUCGAGGCGCAGAAGGGCGCAACAGAGGGUCAGGCCGAGAAACUCUGAUCCGUUCUCUGGCCGUCGAUUACGUAGACCACGGCGUAUUAUUCUGUAUUCAAAUGCACCUAGUUCCAGUUCCAGUUCGCUUUCGCUAUUAAUUUGGUCUUCUGUACGGUGUAUGUUUCUCAUCGCCUGGCUGCGCAUUCGUGGCCGCAGGCUACAUCACCUUCCCUCGAA